CGCGCUAGCGCCGCCAUGCCCAGCUCCCUGGGCCAGCCCGACGGCGGCGGGGGCGCGGGCGGCGGCGGGCCGGGGGCGGCGUCCGGCGGGGACCCCAGCCCGGGCCCCCGCCGCCGCCGCCGCGCCCCGCCCCCCGAGGGCGCCGAGGAGGCCGCGCCCGCGCCGCCGCCGCCCGAGCCCGACGACGCGGCCGCCGCGCUGCGCCUGGCGCUGGACCAGCUCUCGGCGCUGGGGCUGGGGGGCGCGGGCGGCCCGGACGAGGAGGGGGCGUCCGCGGGCGGCGGGACGGCGCGGCGGCGGGGCCGGGGCGCGGACGGCGGGGCGACGGCGGAGCCCGCGCCCCCCGACGGGACCGAGGCGGGCGCGCUGGUGGCCGUGGCCCCCGGCCCGCUGCCGCUGCUGGAGCCCGACGUGAGCCCCCCGCCGCCGCCGCCGCCGCCCCGGCCUUCGCCGCCCGACGUGUUCGCGGGCUUCGCGCCCCACCCCGCGGCCCUGGGCCCCCCGACGCUGCUGGCCGAGCAGAUGAGCGUGAUCGGCAGCCGCAAGAAGAGCGUGAACAUGACCGAGUGCGUGCCGGUGCCCAGCUCCGAGCACGUCGCCGAGAUCGUGGGUCGCCAGGGGUGCAAGAUCAAGGCUCUGCGUGCCAAGACGAACACGUACAUCAAGACGCCAGUGCGCGGGGAGGAGCCGGUCUUCAUCGUGACGGGCCGCAAGGAGGACGUGGAGAUGGCCAAGCGCGAGAUCCUCUCGGCCGCCGAGCACUUCUCCGUGAUCCGCGCCACGCGCAGCAAGGCCGGCGGGCUGCCCGGCACGGCGCAGGGCCCGCCCAACCUGCCGGGACAGACCACCAUCCAGGUGCGUGUGCCCUACCGCGUGGUGGGGCUGGUGGUGGGGCCCAAGGGCGCCACCAUCAAGCGCAUCCAGCAGCGGACGCACACGUACAUCGUGACGCCCGGGCGCGACAAGGAGCCGGUGUUCGCCGUGACGGGCAUGCCCGAGAACGUGGACCGCGCGCGCGAGGAGAUCGAGGCGCACAUCACGCUGCGCACGGGCGCCUUCACCGACGCCAGCCCCGACAGCGACUUCCACGCCAACGGCACCGACGUCUGCCUGGACUUGCUCGGGGCGGCCGCCGGCCUCUGGGCCAAAGCCCCCAACCCGGGCCGGCGGCCCCCCGCGCCCACGGGCAGCCUCCGCGGGGACAGUACCCUGGGCGCCCCGGGGGGCCCCGAGGCUUUCUACGCGGGCGGCCGCGGGGGGCCUCCGGUGCCGGAUGCGGGCCCCACCAGCCCCUACGGCGGCUCCGGCAACGGGGGCUUCUCCUUUGGCGGGGAUGGCCCAGGGGCCCCCACGGGGCCACCUGCCCCCGAGGACUGCGACUUCGGCUUCGACUUCCUGGCGCUGGACCUGACCGUGCCCACCGCCGCCACCAUCUGGGCCCCCUUUGAGCGGGCCGCGCCCCUGCCGGCCUUCAGCGGCUGCUCGGCCGUCAACGGGGCCCCCGCGCCGCCCGCCCCGGGCGCCCGGCGCAGCAGCGGGGCCGGCACCCCGCGACACUCGCCCACCCUGCCCGAGCCCGGCGGCCUGGGCCUGGAGCUCCCGCUGACCCGCCGCGCCGCCCCGGACCCGGUGGGCGCCCUGCCUUGGCGACCCCCGCAGGGCGCGCUGUCAUCCUUCUCCAGCGGCUCCAGCUUCUCCGCGGCCACCUCGCUGCCCAGCAGCUCCGCGGCCGCCGCCUGCGCCCCCCUGGACUCAAGCGCCUCCGAAAGCAGCCGCAAGCCCUCGGCGGCCCUGUCCGCCGCCCCCGCCCCGGCCGCCCCGGGGACCCCGGCCCUGGCGCGCGAGUGCGUGGUGUGCGCCGAGGGCGAGGUGAUGGCCGCGCUGGUGCCCUGCGGCCACAACCUCUUCUGCAUGGACUGCGCCGUCCGCAUCUGCGGCAAGAGCGAGCCGGAGUGUCCCGCCUGUCGCACGCCUGCCACCCAGGCCAUUCGCGUGGAGACGGCGGCCCAGCGACACCUCAGUUCUUAAAAAAUAGCAGUAUUGAGUCGACAGCUUAAAAUAAACCGGAGACAAAUGGUCUGUUUGCACUUUUUAUUUAAGACACCCCCCUCCGGGGUGAUCUUUUUAAGAAAAAAAGAAAACCACGAUUUUUACAACUCUCGGUUGUCCUUUUGUACGUAUGUAGCCCGAUUCUGAUGUGACUGGGUUUCCGCGCGGUCACGGCCCCUGUAGGAACCCCCUGGGGGGAGGGGGUGACACUUUUACUCCCUUUUCGGGGCUGACAGGUUCCCCCUUUUGUAACGUCAGCCGCGCGGGCCGGACGGGGGUGGGGGGGUCGAGGGGCAUCCCAACCAGAAAUUUCUAACUUUUUUUUUUUUUAAUUAUUAAUCCCUUCUGCUGUGGUUUCUGUUGUCAGUUUUUAAAUUUUUUUAAAUUGGUUUUUUUUUUAAACUUUUACUUUUUACCUCUUGUGUAUAUGUAGGGAAUUUUUAGGGAAAUAUGUACUUUAUGGAAUAAAUUUUAAGAACUAAAAUAUAUUUUAUUUUAAAUAAAUAAGGGACCUUUAAACUUACACAGCUAAAUUACUGAUUAUAUAUUUGCUGAGCUGACUUAAGGGUUCAGAAAUUGUAUCAAGAGUUUUAUUUUUUGAAUUCAAAGCCUUCUUAAUAAAGUCUUUUUACUACACGUGA